GCCAGGCUGGGGGCAGUGAGCACUGCUGCUAAGUCACUUGUUUCUGCGCCUUGGGCAGAGUGGCCGUCCUCCGCCUGAGUCUGAUUUCCGCCGCUCUGUCCCCUGCUGGGUCUGGUCCUCAGCCCUGGGACCCGCCAGGCCGCUCCACCUGGACAGGGGCUUCUGGGAGCCAGGGUGUCUGUCUCUUCCGGCUGCUGUCGCUUUUUCUCUUUCCAGAUGAUUGCUGAUCAAUCUGUCCAACUGCCGUGCGCAGGGCAGCCCAGCAGUACGGCCUGCGAGAGGGCGGUGAGCAUGACGACUGGACUCUCUGCUGGACGGACUACUCCUUGUCACUGGAGCGCGUGAUGGAAAUGAAGAGUUACCAGAAAAUCAAUCACUUCCCUGGGAUGAGCGAAAUCUGCCGUAAGGACCUGCUGGCCAGGAACCUGAGCCGCAUGCUGAAGAUGUUCCCCAGAGACUUCCACUUCUUCCCCAGGACCUGGUGCCUCCCUGCCGACUGGGGAGGCCUGCAGACCUACAGCAGAUCGCGAAAAAACAAGACAUACAUUUGCAAGCCCGACUCAGGCUGCCAAGGGCGUGGGAUAUUUAUCACCAGGACGGUGAAGGAAAUCAAGCCGGGGGAGGAUAUGAUCUGCCAGCUCUAUAUUUCCAAGCCCUUUGUCAUUGAUGGGUUCAAGUUUGACCUACGGAUUUAUGUGCUGGUGACGUCCUGCGACCCUCUCAGGGUUUUUGUGUACAAUGAAGGACUAGCUCGUUUUGCCACCACCUCCUACUCCCAACCCUGUGCGGACAACCUGGACGAUAUCUGCAUGCACCUGACUAAUUAUUCCAUUAAUAAGCACAGUUCAAACUUUAUUCAAGAUGCUCACUCGGGCAGCAAGAGGAAGCUCUCGGCCUUCAACGUCUACAUGGAGAGCCAAGGCUACGACGUGCCCAGGAUCUGGAGGGCCAUCGAGGACCUCAUUGUCAAGACCCUCAUCGCCGCCCACCCGGUCAUCAAGCACAACUACCAGAGCUGCUUCCCCAACCACACCCUCAACAGCGCCUGCUUCGAGAUCCUGGGCUUCGACAUCCUGCUGGACUGCGAGCUCAAACCCUGGCUGCUGGAGGUCAACCACUCUCCGAGCUUCUCCACCGACACCCAGCUGGAUAAGGAGGUAAAGGACAGGCUGCUGUAUGACACCCUGGUUCUCAUCAACCUGGGGAGCUGUGACAAAAAGAGAGUCCUGGAGGAGGAGCGACAGCGGGGCAGGUUCCUGCAGCAGUGCCAUUCUCGGGAGGUCAGAAUGGAGGAAGCCAGAGGUUUCCAGGCUGCGUGGUUACAGAAAACCGAGAAAUACGAAAAGGAAAACUGUGGCGGCUUCCGGCUGAUUUAUCCCAGCCUGAAUCUGGACAAAUAUGAGGAGUUUUUCCAGGACAACAGCUCACUCUUCCAGGAUACAGCUGCCUCCAGAGCUCGGGAGGUGUGCACCCGGCAGCUGAUCCAGGAGCUGAAACUGCGGCAGCAGAAAAAGUCCUUCCAGAGGCAGGAGAAGAAACCGGAGCUGCAGGGGGAGGCGGCGGGUGAGCACGCGAGGGCGGAGGCCUCGAGGCCCCGGCCACAGAAGCAACAUCAGAAAUGCAAGACGGCGGCCCACGGCCCCAGACAAGUAAACCCCGCGGGGAGGGGCGGGCGCGCGGCCGGCACCCUGCCCCCGCUGGGACACCCCUGCUCCGAGCCCAGACACACUACGGAGGGGACAGGGGACACGAGGACGCUGCCCCCGCGCACCGCAGGACGCUGCCUGGGUCCAUGCUCCCUGCCCGGGCGGCCCACCCGGCUAAAACUGGUUUCAAGUGGCCGGAAGACCCUGGAAACCAUCUACGAACUCUCAGGGGCCCUGGACUCUAGGCUGAGAGCCCAGAACAGGGACCGCAUCCGGCUCCUCCUUCUCCCUGGCCCCUCCCCUCGGGGGCAGAGGAAUCUGGAGGCGAGGCCCGGUCCCCACGGCCCUGUCGGUUCCCGCCUCCCAGUCCCUCCAGCCGCUGGCUCUGGUGUCCUGCACGCACAGCUGGCUCUUGGGUGUCAGAGACAGAAAGAGGAGAGGGGCCGUGGCUUCGAGGCAGCUGGGUCCCGAGAGCCCAAGGCUGCCAGGCCCUGCAGUGCCAAGCUGGACUGGAGGAGCCCCGGCUCCGGGUUGCAGUGCUGUGAAGCUCAUGCUAACGUCAAGGAGGCCACACCGGCCCCUGCCACUAAUGCAGCCACCGGCUCCGUGCCCUGGACCUCCGUAGAAAUUUUCCCAGAAUCCACAGCUAGGUCCUGGGCCUCUCCAGAGUCCCUGCCCAGCCCACCUCCGACCACCAGCUCUGAACUCCGCAGCCCCACGCUGGUCAGGGUUGUCUCCUUUCAGUGCAAGCGGCGGCAGCAGCAGCAGACCCCGCAGCAACUCACCCAGGAGACAGCACAGCCUUCCACGCCUAUCACACCCCAGCCGGUGGUGCGGAAUUCAACUUCAAACUGGACCUGGCUAAAGAGGGACAGGAAGGAGCAGGGCUUGGUGUCGGAGCUGCUGAAGAGGAGGCUGGCCCUGCUCCCUGCUCAUCACAACCCACGGCUGCUGCUUAGUGCCCAGUCACACGGGUGCCCGGACACGCCAGGGUGUGCCAGGAGCCGAGGUGUGCGCGCCAGCGUUCCAGAACUACAGCAGAGCACCCGAGAACACCCCGCCCUGCUCGGGGAGCGCUGCCCUGGCAGGCGCAGCUCUGGCGAGAAGCGGAAGCUGGGUGUGUGCCCCCUCGUCCUCUUGCAGAGUCCCCAGAACCGUGAUGUGUCCCUCAAGGACCUCCUGGUGGUUGCCACCCCAGCCCACCUGGACCAGAGGCCGGGCAGAAGCCACACAGGGGCUGUGAGAGACCUGAGUCCUCAAGAUCGGGACACCUACGGCCACUGCCUGGUCUCGGGCCACAGAGAAUGUGAUGGGAAGAAUCAGAUUGGAUUUCUGCCAUAUUUUUUUCCUUCCCUACCUCUGACUCCAAAGAAGUGAUUUAUCUUUCCCCCCAGCGUCUGCAACGUUUAGAGUCAACUAAGAGUUUCAUUUGCUCACCUAGAAGCCCCGGUCUGAUCAGUGCCCCUCACUCGCACCCCGGAAGCCAACAGCCUCCCAGUUUGAGGACGGUGCUGUAGGACCAUGACUUCUCCGUGACCGGUGCCGCCGUCGCCCCGGACCAUCCCCCACGGGCAGCCGUCCGGGGGUUCGGCCCGGAGUCCUCAGCUCCCCGACAGCCUGUGCCCGUGAGCUUCAUCGCUGGGGACAGACGACAGUCGGGGCUGAGCUCAAAGCCGCAAGCUCAUCAGUCCAAGAUCACGAUGACCUCUUCCUGCUCAAAGACUUUUGGCCUCAGCACCCAGGCAUCUUCCUGCUGCCUCCCUUCUGGCCCAGAAGGACCCAGCCUGCAGAUGUGUCUUCCAGGGACCUGAGAGAUGAUCUUCCUUCCUCUCACGUGUACAGUAAUAAAAUAAACUGCCUCGCUCAACGCCCGGACAAGGAGCCUGCCCGGAGGACGACCGGGAAGCGGAGGUGGAAGAUGGGUCCUCCUGAUUGCCCUUCCCAGUCUGCAGGCUGUAGAAUGUCUUGGAAUGAACAGUCUGCAGGAAGCUGUGCCUUUCUUGCUAAGAACCUAGAGCCCGAGUGGCCCUCUCUGGGGCGUGGUGGUGCCUCCAUCUCCUCCUAGCGCCUCCCGGAUGUCAAUUUAACAUCCGUAUCUGCUGUUCCUUCUCUGGCCUUGGUUUCAUUUCCUGUUUCCGGGUUAGGUCCCUCGUGGAGCCCGGGGAGGGGGAGAGGAGAAAUCUGCACACUUUCUUCACGAUGUGAACCCGCCCUGCCUUGCGGAUUCUAAUAGAAUGGAUUUCUGGCCUCAAGAACAUCUGGGGAAGUCAGGAGUGGUGGGGCACGUCUGUGAUCCUAGCACACAGGAGGCUGAGGCAGGAGGGUUGACAU